AUGGCUACAGAAGCGGUCCCUAUCAUCAAGGUGCUAUUCGCACUGCACCCAGGCAUGGACUCUUUGGACUUCAUUGGCCCUCUUGAGGUCAUGAGCCAUGCCAGGCACAAUAUCAAUGAUGAAUCUACCAAGGCUUUCUCAACCACCUUUGUUGCCGACGCUGAGUUCGUCACCAGUGCUGAAGGUGCUGGUUUCCGUGCCCACAUCGACUUCGAGGAGGCCUACGAGCGUCUGGCAGAGUUCGAUGUCUUGGUCAUUCCCGGUGGGGGCGUUGAACCCAUCCUUAAGUCCAAGGCCGAGCCACUGGGAAUCAUUCAAGCUUACUCCGACUUACAAAAGAAAGACCCAAGAAAGGAACGCACACUACUUUCAAUCUGCACUGGUUCCCUCUUCCUCGCCCAACAAGGCAUCCUCAGCGGAUUGUCCGCUACAACCCACCCAGAUUAUUAUGCUAGGUUGGAGAAGAUAUGCUCAGAAGUUGCUCAGCGAGACUUGGCUGAGAGAUGUGAUGUCGUGGAAGAGAGAUACGUGGUCAAUAACUUGCGUUUUGACCUCGACGAUGAGCAGCAGCAGGCAUACAUUCGUCGCAAGUCCGACGCAAAGCCCCCCGUGAUGAGACGCAAGGGUAGCAACGCAUGGAAGGAAAGCAACAUGCGACGGGAGAGCAAUGCUCGCCGGGCAUCCCUCAAGCUUGCUGGAUUGAGGGUUAUCACCAGUGGCGGAGUAUCCUGCGGCAUUGAUGCCUCACUGUACCUAGUCAGUGCUAUGGUCAGUGAGGAGUCCGCCAAUCAUGCUGCCCAUAUCAUGCAGUAUACUUGGCAGAAGGGCAUUGUUAUCGAUGGAAUUGACAUCUAG